AUGCCCAAAUCCAUUCUCUCUGUCAACGCGGGUUCAUCCUCAGUAAAAAUCACCUUCUAUACCUUCGAGAACCCGCCAAGAACUAUUGCAGAAGCGGAGAUUUCUGGGAUCACCGCACCUCCACCCACACUCAAGUACCAACAGGGCGACAAGAAGCACAAAGAAGAAAUCAAGGAGAAGCUUAGCACACCCCAAGAUGCAUUCAAUUACCUCCUGAAGCGCUGUUUCAACGAUCCCGAGCUCUCCGAAGUCACUAGCGUCGACGACCUAGCCUACAUCUGCCACCGAAUCGUCCACGGAGGCGACUACCGCGACGCAGUCGAAAUCAACGAUGAAACAUAUCACCGUUUGGAAUCAUUCGAGGACCUCGCGCCACUUCACAAUUUUUCCGCACUGGAAAUCGUCCGCCAUUGCAAAACCGAGCUUCCAAACGUAAAGAGCAUCACCUUCUUCGACUCCGCCUUCCACCACACAAUCCCGGAACCCGUGCGCACAUACGCGAUCAACCAGGAAGUCGCCAAGGCGAACGGCCUGCGCAAGUAUGGAUUCCAUGGAAUCAGCUACUCGUUUAUUCUGCGGUCUGUGGCACAGUUCAUAGACAAACCAAUCGAGAAGACGAGCCUCAUUGUGAUGCACAUUGGGAGCGGAGCUUCGAUAUGUGCGAUUAAGAAUGGUCAAUCCAUUGAUACCUCAAUGGGGCUCACUCCUUUGGCGGGACUGCCUGGCGCGACUCGGAGUGGAGAUAUUGAUCCUUCAUUGGUAUUCCAUUACACAAACGAAGCGGGCAAGUUAAGCCCAGCUAGUACUAAGGAAAUGCAUAUCAGCACGGCCGAAGAAAUCCUCAACAAACAAUCCGGAUGGAAAGCGCUCACGGGAACAACCAAUUUCGCUGAGAUUGCCGUACCCAAUCCACCAACCAAGGCGCAUAAACUUGCAUUCGAUAUCUUUGUUGACCGCAUUCUCGGUUAUAUAGGGAAUUACUACGUUAAGCUAAAUGGGCAGAUAGACGGUGUAGUAUUUUCCGGUGGGAUCGGUGAGAAAAGCGCCCUGCUGCGGAAGACGCUCAUCGAUAAGUGCCAGUGUCUAGGGCUGGCUGUUAAUGAUGCCGCUAACGACAAGGGGCCUGGGGAUGGGGAGACGGUCAAGGAUAUUUCCCAGGAUUCCGGCAAGGGGCCCCGGGUUUUGGUUUGUCAGACCAAUGAACAGUUUGAAAUGGCGUACCACUGCGCUUGUUCGCGGUGUUGA